ACAAGGGGGAAGAUGGCGGCGCCCUGUAAUUCGGAGCUUCCGUCCGAGGCUUCGUCUUGUCUAAAAAUUCCGAAGAGCGAGGUUUUAUCGCCGCCCUCCCCCGGGCUCAGCGAUGGGAACCGCUCCUUAUCCAACCCGUCCACCCCAAGCCGUUCAUCCCCUCUCAGCGCCGGUGUGACAGGCGGCGGGGCGGCCCCGGCGGGCCUGAGCGGGGCCUCUCCAUCCGUGUCCUUCUCCACAGCCUGCCGCGGCAUGUCCUGGACCCCGGCCGAGACCAACGCACUUAUCGCCGUGUGGGGAAACGAGCGGCUGGUGGAGGCGCGGUACCAGCAGCUCGAGGGCGCCGGUACCAUCUUCGGGACCAAAGCGCCCGGGCCCGCCAUGUACGACCGGGUCUCCCGGGCCCUGGCCGAGCUCGGCUAUGAACGCACGCCAAGCCAGUGCCGGGAACGUAUGAAGACUCUCCGCAGAUGCUACAGUCGGGUAAAAGAGCGCGGUGUUGGAAAACGGAAGAGCAGCUACACAUUUGAGCAGCUGGAGCGAGUUUUCGGACAAGGGGGAUGGGACACACAGCCAUGUCAACCUGUGCUUAUUAACAGUAGCGGCUUAUACCAAGAGAUGGAGUCGGAUGGCAGCACCAUGGAGGACUAUUCCCAAGAGGACUGGGCGAACCACAGCCAGGAGGUCCAGGGCUUUCCCGGAGAGGAUUUGGGGGUAGAAAAGGCUAACAUUUCAUACUUGACACCUGCGCCAUACCGCAAUGCGAGCGAGCUACACACACGGGGAGAGCUGCAGUGUGGAGUCUUCAGUGGAGGCAAUGAGGCAGUGGAAGAAAUUGGGAAGAGGUCGGAGGAGCCAGCACCUUGGGUGGUCCAGAAGCAGCCUGCGCCGUGUCCCCCUAAUGAUGAAGAAAUCAGUAUUCCUAAAAGACCUCCAAAGAAUAAAGAACCUGCAGAGGAUCUACAGAAGAGAGAGCUGCUGCAGACCAUCAUGCACAUUCUGGAGUCCGUCCAGCUCAAGUGGGAGCUGUUUCAAAGCUGGACAGAUUUUUCAAGGUUGCACCUCUCGAACAAACUGGCAAUAUUUGGCAUUGGAUACAACACUAGAUGGAAGGAGGAUAUUCGCUAUCAUUAUGCGGAAAUCAGUUCACAGGUUCCACUUGGAAAGCGGCUGCGUGAGUACUUCAAUCCCGAGAAGCCGGAGGGACGGGUGGUUAUGACCAGAGUACAGAAAAUGAAUUGGAAAAAUGUGUAUUAUAAAUUUCUGGAAAUUACUAUCAGCGAAGCCCGGUGUCUUGAACUGCACAUGGAGACCGACUGGAUUCCUAUAGCUCACUCAAAGCCCAUUGGUGGAGACCUAGUUCAGUACCUUUUACCCGGUGGGAUCCCCAAGUGUCCGGGUCUCUAUGCCAUUGGAUAUGAGGAACUGAGGAAGAAAGCUGACAAUUCAGUAGUUGAUUUAGUCAAUGAUGGCAAUUGUGAGUCUCCGACAGGGCUUGCCUCGAAGUCCGACCCAGUAACUCCUAAAAUCAACUAUUGUUACCUUGGUAUUGCCGAGAGCAUAACGUUACAGCAGUGCUUGUUCUUUCAUUUCCAGUCCACCAUCAAGAACCAAAGCAAAGAGUGGGCUAGUAUCAAUGGAUUCUUAGCGCAGAACUGUAAGGUGGAGCCGGGGGUAUCCCCGAAAACUAUCUACAUCAAGUUUGUUGAGGUGGAAAGAGAUUUUCUUUCCGCCGGGUCUUUAGUAGAGUGCCUGGAAAAAGCCAUUGGGUACCCUUUAAAGUUCAACAAAUGAAUCUUGUCCUUUAUAAGGACUUGGGCUUCUACAGACACCUUCCCCUUUCUUGCCUGGGUUUUGCUGUCGAACUGUGAAUGAGUUUUGUCUAUUGAGGGAGGGGGAGGAGGGGGGGUAAUGCCUGUCUGAUAUUCGGAAGAAUGGUCCCUACUCUAUUUCUGAAGACCAUUGUCCUUGGAGAAUGGGGACUGUAUGUUUGGGGGUUCAAAUGAUGUUUUUAUAAAGAAUUUUAUUGUAGAGCCCUGAUAUGUAUUGCUGUCUGUACAUUCCACAUUGGACAUAGCUUAUACUUUCAUUUUUCAAAUGGAAAUACUGUAAUUGUUUUUUUUUUUUUUUUGUUCACAUAUCAUUUUUACAUAUCUAUUUGUGUGUU